GUUUUCGUACAAUAACAGUUACCAUGCUAGCAUCGGAAUGGCCCCAUACGAAGCUCUAUAUGGUCAAAAGUGUAGGAGUCCCUUAUGUUGGGGUGACAUGGUCGAUCAGGUGGUUCUAGGACCACAAUACUUGCAAGAUACUAUUGAGAAAAUCAAAGUUAUCCAAGAAAGGAUGAAGGCUGCCCAAGACCGACAGAAAUCAUAUGCCGAUCUUGGGAGGAAACCAGCUGAAUUCGAACUAGGGGAGAAAGUUCUACUCAAAGUCUCUCCUACAAGGGGUGUAAUGAGGUUCGGGAAGAAAGGGAAACUAAGCCCGAGAUUCAUCGGACCCUAUGACAUCCUAGAGAAGGUGGGAAA